AUGAGGGGCAAAGGGAUUGAUAGAGAAAGAGUGAAACGGCAGUUGUCUGAGCAUGUGCAUUUAAAAAUGUCUUGGAUUCAGCAUCAAAUCCAUCAAAAAGAUGGCGUUUUAACAUAUCCACCUCCUGUUUAUCCUGUAUCAGCUUCCCCUUAUGUCCACAAAGAAUCGAGCCCUUCUCCGUCUUCAUCUGGUACUAGGAUUAGUCCUGCUGUUCUCUUCAUUAUAGUAAUUUUAGCUGUUCUGUUUUUUGUGUCGGGUUUUCUUCAUUUGCUCGUUAGAUUUCUUACGAAAAGUUCGUCCUCCUCUCAGUCUAACCGGAAUUUGGUUGUUUCCGGCUCUGAUGCUCUACAAAGACAACUGCAGCAACUCUUCAAUUUACAUGAUUCUGGUCUGGAUCAAGCUUUUAUUGAUGCAUUGCCGGUGUUUAUGUAUAAGGAGAUUGAGGGUUCACAAGAGCCCUUUGAUUGUGCAGUUUGUUUGUGCGAAUUUUCCGAGAAGGAUCAAUUGAGAUUGCUUCCAAUGUGUAGCCACGCUUUUCAUAUCAAUUGUAUUGAUACUUGGCUCUUGUCAAAUUCAACAUGUCCUCUCUGUAGAGGGACCCUUUUCAAUCCCGGGUUCUCCACGGCAAACCCUAUUUUUGAUUACGAUGAUUUUAGGGAAGAAGAUGGAUAUCCCACUAAUGUAGAGAAUCGGAAUUCUUUUGCUGAGAAGACAGCAGAAAUUGAGGAAGUUGCAGUAGAAAAGGCAGUUUUACCUGUGAGGCUCGGUAAAUUCAGAAAAUUGAAUGAGGGAGAAGGGGAAUUAGCGGGAGAGUCUAGUGAUAGUAAAUUGGACACUAGAAGAUGUUACUCUAUGGGUUCAUAUGAGUAUGUAGUUGGCGGUGCUAAUCUCCGGAUACCCUUGAGCCAUGACCGAACUCAUUCUGACGCGAAGCUAGUCAAAGGGACAGAGCAAAUUAGUAAUCCUUCAAGCGAGGACAGGAAGAAGAUUAGUAUUGGCACAAAAACUGAUAGCUAUUCUAUUUCCAAGAUAUGGCUGUGGUCGAAGAGGAGCAGUUAUGCAAGUUCUUCAGAUGCCCAAAUGGAGUAUCCAUCUUCUCUUAAUGUGGACUUACCAUGGAUGCAGAGAACAGAAGGUGUCUGA